GUUAAGAACACCCACGUACGCCAAUCAGAGGCAGAGUAGGGUGGCUCAUUUCUUUGCUAUCUUAGGAAAAGAAACAUCCCUUAAAGGAAAUAGCCUACAGAUGCGUACACAAUAUAUUUCACUGUUAUUAUUGCAGUAUACCACAAAGUAAAACAUCAUGGAAAAAGAUAAUCAUGUGAUUGUUAACUUUGCUUGUUGUGUUUAAUUCUAAUGAUAAUACAUCAACGGGUCCACAUCAAAAUACUACUGAAUGAAUAGCUAGUACGUUUAUUUUGGAAAACAGCGGAAGUGCCUAAGGACAUUUUCUCCGUUACCAAGGUAACGCUAGCUUAAUGGCAACAGAUGCUAGCUGGUACAGCAGCUAGCUAUGUGAAAAGCGUCAAGCUAGCUAGCUACCAUUCUGUCAGAAGGCACUUUACGUUAAUUACAAUAGUUUUACUUACUUAUUUAAAUUUUCUUUAGCUCGAGUAAACCACCUCUAUUAAUGUUAGCAUGUUUAGUGACGAAACCCUGGACUCAGUGAGUAUCCAGUCUCUGUGGAGGAAAUCUCAGCAGUCGGUGCAGGAGUCGAAAAGCUGUCAGACCAAAGCGGUGCACAGAGCUGAGGCAGAGGUGCAGACCGUGUUGGCUGCCAUCAGCGGUACCCAGACGGAGCCACAGAGCCCAGCCACGGAGCAGCUCUUGCAGCAAAGCCACAGCGAGCCGGAGCCACCUGGCUUGAAGGACUUCCUGCAGAGGGUUGAGGACACGGUCAUCAGACAGCUGGUCAGAAAUGCCAGGAGUCAUGCCUUUGAUGGGUUCCAGGUGAACUGGGAAGACCACAGUAAUCUGGUUUCAUGCCUCCAUUGUUUUCAACAUCCCAGCGCUCUAGAGCGAGGUCUUCAUGUAACUGCUGUGUCCUGGAGUUGUACAGGCUCAGUUAUUGCCUGUGCCUAUGGUCGGAUCGACGGUGGAGACUGGAGCACUGAGAGGUCAUAUGUUUGUACGUGGAACCUGAACCGUCGAGGCCUGAACCCCAAACAGGCUGAUCUGAUCAUAGAUGUUCCCACUGCAGUCACCGCUCUGUGCUGUCACCCCAGCCAGCCGGCCCUCAUCGCAGGUGGUCUGUACAGUGGAGAGGUGGUGGUCUGGGACAGCAGUCGGACACAGGACCCUAUGCUGGUUCAAACAGGGAUGUCAGCAGACAGUCACAGAGAGCCUGUUUAUCGGGUUGUCUGGGUGCCCCUGCGUAAAAAAGGAGAAUUUGGGGUGCUGAGUGCCUGUUCAGGAGGAAGGGUGCUGAUGUGGACGGUGGACUCGGACCAGGACAGGCUUGUCCUGAAUGCUGCCUACGCCUUGGUACGACAGCAGGUUCCCCACAGUGGCAGUAGCUUCAAGGCCCGAGGCAGCAGCACUGUGGGAGUCACCUCCCUGGCUCUGUCUCCCUGGGACUCCGACACCUUCUUGGUGGGCUCUGAGGGCGGCCUACUGCUCAGAUGCUCCUUCUCUUCUAAGAUGCCAGCUGCAGCGCCCUCUGAAGGCCAGAGCGUAACGCCGAGAGCCCCGGCGGUCUUUUCUUUCAGGCAUCGCAGCGGCCCUGUCCACUCCAUACACUGCUCCCCCUUCCACAGGAACUUGUUUGUGACUGCAGGCACAGAUGGUCUGGCCCACCUGCACUCCCUGCUGCAGGCCAACCCACUGCUCUCUCUCAGGGUUUCAGACUCCUACGUGUUUCAGGUGCAGUGGUCUCCAACCAGACCGCUGGUAUUUGCUGCAGCCACUGGACAAGGUGAGGUGCAGAUCUUCGACCUGGGUCGCAGGUCCCUGAAGCCAGCAGCCACCAUCGAGCAGGGAGCUGCGGGCCAAGCUGCAACUUGCUUGGCCUUCAACUGUCAGAACCCUCACCUCUUGGCAGUGGGAAAGACAGACGGGACGGUCAACGUUUGGCAGCUGAGCACGGAUUUGACUGAGCAGAACCCCAGAGAAAGCAGCCAGCUGGAACAGAUAGCCAAUCAGGUGGCAGGAUGAGACAUAUUCGCCCAAGACAACUUUAUAUGUCUGAUUUAUGUGAACUGUGUUGUCAAAUAUUUCAAUCUCAAAGACUUUACAAGACUUUAAUUAAAUCGAGGAAAUAAAAUAAAAACAGUAGAGGUUUCCAGUUCUAA